UUCUUUCAUCUCCCUGCUUGACGCAGUGCACAUCCGUCUUGACGACGCAUUUCUUUCACGACAUUCACGACAUUCACGACACACAUUCCUUUCAAUUCUAAACACUAUUUUAUAAUGGUUGUCCUACGCAAGGCUUUCGCGAGCUUGCUCGCCACAGUCCUCCUCUCCACCCAGGCCGUCCAUGCUCUCCCCAAGAUGCCCGCUCACAACAAGCAUGCGACCCACCACACCCGCCUCGUUGGCCGCCAGCAGCGAAUCCAGGCCUUCAGCCCACCUAGCCAAUACCAAACCUUUGGCACCGAAGGUCCUGAAAUAGGCGCUUUCGGCGAGAACUGGGAACAGACAGUUCUUUCCUUUGCGGCCAACAACUUCGGGAUGGACCCUGCUGGAAUGAAAUGGACAUCCGGCUUCCUUGACGGAAAUAUGGGAUACGGAUGGAUCAGCCAAACUCUCAACGGCAUUCCCAUCGCCAAUGCUGUCGCCAACCUGGCCUUCACCGGAGGCAAGGUGGUCUCCUUCGGCUCAAACUUUGUAGACUUGUCGAACAGCGUAGUACCCACCCCCAAAGAGGGCCAGCGGAUCGGGACAUUCCUUCCAGCGGUCGAGGAAGCUCUCAACGCCAACUACACCCUCCGAAACGCACAAGGCGAAAUCGGAGAAGCAGUUCUCGAAUACUACAUCAAGCCUGACAGGUCCAUCGCCUUAACCCGCGUGGGGCACUUCAGGAACGAGGAGACCGGCGCCUAUCUCGAGGCCUUUAUCGACGCUAUCACCGGAGAGAUUGUCGCCGUCAACGAUUUCGUCUCCCACUCUGCUUACAACGUCGUGCCCAUCGACGAGCAAUCCGUCGAGGAUAAACUUAUAACACUCCGUAACACCGAGGAUUUGACUGUUUCACCUGCAGGCUGGCACAGCAAUGGAGAGUUUGCCUUCUUCCACGAUACUCGCGGAAACAACGUCCACGCUUUGCUCCGCGGUGUCCCAGUUGCCAGCGGGAACCAAAACUCAAGCUACCUCGACGACUACGAAGUCCUGGCCGGUCCAAACUUGGGCACAAACCCCAGAGCAGCAACCGUGAACGUGUUCCACGCCUUCAACGCACUGCACGACGUCACCUACCGCUACGGCUUCAACGAGCUCGCGUUCAACUUCCAGGGCAACAACUUUGGCAAGGACGCGGACUUUACGACUAAGAAGAACGCUGUAGACAACAUCAUUGCGAAUGUUGGCACCGUUAAUGCGCGUAACCAGGCGUUCAUUGCCGUCCCUCCCGAUGGGAUAUCGCCCAUAGUCACCUUGGGAAUAUUCACUACCGACGACCUCAGCGCGCCCAGGAAGGAUUCCGCGAUGGCAAACGAUGUCCUCAUCCACGAGUUCGCCCAUGGCCUGACGAACAGGAUGACUGGCGGUGGUACCGCGCGAUGUCUGCAGACCUUCGAGGCUGCGGGUCUCGGUGAGGGCUGGAGCGAUGCUAUGGCCAAGUACGUUUCUAUGUUCUUUUUGUUUGCGCCGGAUGCUAAUUACUUUGACUGUUCUAGUUGGUUCGCUCAAAAAUCGGUAACGACCAGAGACUUUGUCAUUGGUAAAUUCCUCACAGGCACAGAGACUGGUCUUCGCCGCUUCCCUUACUCUACCAAUCCAUCGACCAAUCCUUUGACCUACAAGGAUGUUUCUGUGAGCGUCGACGUCCACGCCGUCGGUGAAGUCUGGGCCAACAUGCUCCACAACGUCUACGCUGCCCUCGUCGAAGCGAGCGGCUACUCUCUCACCCACUUCAAGGAUGCCACAAGGCUCAGUGGCAACGUCGUCUUCAUGCAGCUCCUCCACGACGCUAUGAAGUUGCAGCCUUGCAACCCUACCUUCGUUCAAGCCCGAGAUGCCAUGCUGCAGGCUGACGUUGACCGGUAUGGUGGUAUGCACUCUUGCGUCAUUUGGCGGGCGUUUGCUAGCAGGGGUCUUGGCACUGGUGCUCAGACGGAGGGAUACGUGGAGUCGUUUGAGGUUCCGACUUUCUGCACUUAG